GUUACAGAGACUUUCACACCUGCCAAAAGUAAUUCAAGAGGGUAGCAGAUGUAGAGGGAAAAUUACUAAUAGCACAAUAACAGCAUUAAAAGAUAACAGAACUUUUAUUAUAUCCCCAUACUUUGAUGACAGAGAAGGCAAAGUCACUCGUGUGAUUGGGAUUGUUCACCAUGAAGAUGUAAAACAACUGUACUGCAGGUUCUGCUGUCAGCCCGACGGAAAGAUAUAUCUAUCAAAAGCAAAAAUUGAUGUUCACUCAGAUAGGUUUGGAUUCCCUUACGGUGCAGCAGAUAUAGUUUGUUUGGAACCUGAAAACUGCGAUCCGACACAUGUAUCAAUUCAUCAGUCUCCACAUGGAAAUAUUGACCAGCUGCCAAGGUUUGAAAUUAAAAACCGCAAGGCUGAGGCCUUUUCUGUUGACUUUACUGUAUGCAUCUCUGCCAUGUUUGGAAAUUACAACAAUGUUUUGCAAUUUAUACAGAGUAUGGAAAUGUAUAAGAUUCUUGGGGUACAGAAAGUGGUGAUUUAUAAGAACAAUUGCAGCCAUCUGAUGGAAAAAGUCUUGAAGUUUUAUAUCGAAGAAGGAACUGUAGAGAUAAUUCCCUGGCCAAUAAACUCACACCUCAAGGUCUCUUCUAAAUGGCACUUUAUGCAAGAUGGAACACACAUUGGCUACUAUGGACAAAUC